UUUCGCCCUAUUGGAUGUCCCUGGCCUAACUUGUCCCAAAACUCCCUGCCCUUCCCAGAAUUCCUCAUCAUUCAUUCAGACACACCUUUCCUACAACUCCAACAUCAUCCCCUUCUCACAACCUUCUCACAAUCCUCUCAAGUUCCUUCACCUAAGACAGCCUUCUUCUAUGUCGACCAUAGCAACCAUGGCCAUGCUUCAUGCCAAAUGCCUCAGCAUCAACUCACCCUCCAACCACCUCAACCCUGCAAAGCCAACAGUGAGAAAGCCCAUUUCCCUCCUCUCACUUCAAACACUCCCAAAAGGACUCACAACCUGCAAACCAAUAACAACACCCGGCCCUUCUUCCUUUACCGCCACCGCCAUCGCCGGAGCCAUCUUUUCCACCUUGAGCAGCUCCGACGCAGCCUUCGCAGCGCAGCAGAUCGCCGACAUCGCCGAGGGUGACAACCGAGGCCUUGCACUGCUGAUUCCCAUAAUCCCAGCCAUUCUUUGGGUCCUCUACAACAUCCUCCAGCCUGCACUCAACCAGCUCAAUAGAAUGAGAAGCGAGAAGGGAGUCAUCGUGGGGCUUGGGCUCGGCGGUGGACUGGCAGCGGGCGGGUUCAUGGCGACGCCCAGUGCGUCGGCUAGCGAGGUCAUGAUGAUCGCCGAUGCCUCUUCUUCAAGUGACAGCAGGGGGUUGCUUCUGUUGUUUGUGGUGGCUCCAGCCAUUCUUUGGGUCCUCUACAACAUCCUUCAGCCGGCACUGAACCAGAUCAAUAGAAUGAGGUCGGGAUAACUGUGUUUUUUUUUCCUUCUUUUUAUGGGUGAAGGAGGUGGUGGUAGUAUUGCACUUGCGUCAUGUGUACCGAAUUUUUGUGUUCUAUGAUGAUUAUUGUUUGAAAAGAAGCCUAUGGAAUUUGUAUAUAAUUAAGUAACAUCUAAGUUGAUGUUACCGUGCAGACGGUUUUAAUUGGUUUUAUUUGAAUUACUCUAGUAGAAGUCACUCAAAUAAAUAGAAGGGAAGGAGGGAGAUUGGUGUUUACAGUGAAGAAAUACUUCUUUAUGAUCAGGACUAAUGAAGUUCCUUUUGUAGCUA